UGAUGGAAUAAAUGCCUAAAUUAAGUGAAAUUCAUAAGGAAUUGUAAUACUACACCAGAUAUUUCUCAGAAAACAAACUCUAUUAAUCUAGUAAAUGGACAGGAGAAUUGCUUUUAGGUCUAACCCAAGAGGAAGACUUAUAAUCAUCUCAAUUCGCCAUGUAAUUCAUUCAAAACAACACAGAUUAUCAAUAUUAAUUUUUAAGAGAAUUUGUACCUGAAAAUAAUGAUAUUAUUUGUGUGGCAAGAAAUUUAUUCGAUUUAAGAGAGUUCAAAAAAUGUGCUUCUUUACUCUAGGGAUUGAUUCACAAAAAUGAAUCAGCAAUGUUCUUAUAUUAUUAUUCGUAAUAUAUGUAUGGAGAGUUACGCAAAGAGGAAGAAAUGUUUGAGAAUGAAAAUUCAAAGACAGCCACUAAUCCAGAAUUAAAGCUAUUAGAUAGAGAACUAUCCAAAUUAUAUGAUCAAAAAUAAUUAUCCUAAGUAUUUCUAUAAUCUAUAAGUUUAGUUGAACCUUUAUCUCUAUGGCUUGAUUCUCAAGGAUACUUUAAGACUUCGUGAAGCCAAAGAGGUUUUUAUAUAGGUUUUGAAUUAAUUGCCAUGCUUUUGGAGUGCCUGGCUAGAAUUAUGCAGAUUAUUGACUGAAGAAGACUCUAUCAAUGAAUUGCCCAAUCAUUGGAUGAAGUUUUUCUGGAUUUCCAAUUUCAAUCUGGAAAAGUUUAAAAACUCUAAUUGUGUGGAAUCCUUUUAACUAUUGCUCUAUUAUUUCAGAAACUCAAAUUUCAUCAUUAAUUAGAUAGCAAAUGCAUAUUAUAAUAAUUAAGAAUUUGAAUUGUCACUAGAAUGGUUUGAGAGAUUGUUGAGCAUAGAUCCCUAUCGAUAUGAAAACUUAGACACUUAUUCUAAUAUCUUGUAUAUUAAGGAAAAUCAAGGAGAACUGGCAAAUCUAGCCUUGCAAUCCUUUACUAAUAAUAAGUACGUCCCCGAAACUUGUUGCGUAGUCGGAAAUUACUAUUCCUUGAUGAAUGAACAUGCUAAAGCUAUAAAUUAUUUUCAAAGAGCCUUAAAGUUAGAUAAAGACUGUCUAGCUGCAUGGACUCUUAUGGGUCAUGAAUACUUAGAAAUGAAGAAUGUUGCUUCAGCCAUACAAUCUUAUAGAAAUGCUGUUGAAAUUGAUCCAAAGGAUUUCAGAGCUUGGUAUGGAUUGGGCCAGACUUAUGCUUUAUAAGGAAUGAAUUAAUAUGCGCUCUAUUAUUUUAGUAGAGCGGUGAUCAGUAGACCAAAGGAUGCUAGAAUGUGGAAUGCUAUGGCAGAAUGUUAUGACAAAAUGGAUAAAAAGAAUGAGGCUAUGAAAUGUUAUGAACGAGCUAAUUCAUGUAAAGAUAAAGAAGGAAUUGCUAUACAUUAAUUGGCUAAAUUAUAUGAUGCAGUUGUAAGAUAAUUAUAUCAAAAUUGUAGGGUAAGGAAGAUAAAGCUUAAUAAGCAUUUGAAGAGAGCUUGAAACGAAAAGAUGAAGAAUAGACAGUAGAUAAAGAAGUCUCAGAGGCUCUGUUGUAUUUGGCUAGGGUUUUCUUAAAGAAAGGUGAUAAGGAGAGGGCGAUGCAAAUGGCAAAAAGGCUGUAUGAUUUUAAUGGACCUGAAAGGGAUGAAGCUAAUUAAAUUAUGAGUUAAUUGAAUAAAUGA